UCUAGCAGGAACAAUGGGUGGCAGUGCAAAGGGGACAGAAUAUGCUGUCCAAAGCUCAUCUGCUUUGUUGCAGUGCUCACCAUUGUGAAAUAUUCCCUAAAAUAUGUGAGUUUACUAUUGGGAGAACUAGCCAGAGAGGGAAGGAUGGAGGGAGGGUUUCUGUUUUAUAGGCUAGCUUUGUUUUCUGGCAUCUAUGAGCCACAAAGCUUGGAUAUAAGCCACAGAACAUCCUGUUUCCCCCCUCUCUCUUGCCUCUCCUCUUGCUGCCUGGUCUUUCUAAGGGUCCGGAGAAAACACUGCCCAGCUAAAGGCAGAUACAUUGGCUAUUACAAGGAGCCAGGAUUAUGAAAUCUGCUAGAGAAAAGAUCACCCUGAACUUCAGGGGAAUCCGAUACAAGACUUAUGCUAGCACCCUCCAAGCCUUCCCUGGGACCAAACUGAGCCGCCUCACAGGGCCCCAGGAGGCAUCCACCGAGUUUGACUAUGACCCCAACACUGGAGAGUUCUUCUUCGACAGAGAUACCCGUGUUUUUGAAGAGGUCCUGAACUACUGCAGGACCAAGCACCUCCACUGCCCUCAAUACAUCUGCAAGUCUGUCUUUGAGGAGGAGCUGGCCUUUUGGGAGAUCAGUGGGGCGGCCCUGGCUCCCUGUUGCUGGCAAAGGUUGAGCGAUGUGGAGAGCCAGCAGGAAGACCUCGCCCUCUGGGAUGACAGCAAAGAUGCAGAUGACCAGGGACUCCUGGCCCAGGUGGGAAGGGGGAAUAAUAGUUGCAGGGCCCAGUGGCAGCCCAAAAUUUGGACCCUCUUCGAAAAACCGUUUUCCAGCUGUAGUGCAAAGAUUCUGGCCGCUAUCUCCCUGGUCUUCAACAUUGGGAUUUGUAUCCUUUUCCUAAAGAAGGCUGAUGUAGAAAUUGAGUUCUUUGUCGUUGGAGAUGCCUAUCACCACAACAGCACUGCCACCUACCUCUCUGAGAUUCACGAACAGUUCCCUUACCUCAUCCCUCUGGAGUUUUUCUGCGUCCUCUGGUUCAUGUUUGAGUUUUCCGUGCGGCUUAUGUUUUGCCCAAAUAAAAGGAAGUUCCUGACCAGCCCCCUGAACAUGGCUGACUUCCUCUCCCUCUUUCCAAUUUUCAUCGAACUUUGCUCACAUGGACAAGCCUGGCUGGGUUUUGUCCGUGCACUGUAUAUCCUCAAGCUCUUGAAGAUCCUUAAGCUCAUAGAAAUUCCUCUAAUGUUCCAGGUCCUUUCAUACACGUCCAGGUCUGUCUUCAGAGAGAUCUUCAUCUUCAUGGUCAUCUUUACCUUCGAAAGUCUGUUCUUCGGCAUCCUCAUGUUCUACACAGAGGUCUUAUACCCGGCACCUGAUUCAUAUUUUGAGAGCAUUUCAUCCUGCAUUUGGUGGGCAGUCAUCACUUUGACCACCGUCGGUUAUGGAGACAUGUACCCUGUCACCGAAUUCACCCAAGUGAUAGCAGCCUGUGCAGCACUCUGUGGUGUGCUGACCAUAGUCAUCCCAAUCCCUAUCUUUCUGAUCAAGUUCAAGGGCUAUUAUGAUGCUGCCGUGAUCAAGGAGAGGAGAAAGAGGAAGAUGGAACAAGCAGCAAUGCUGUCGUCCUAAGGCCUCCAGAGCACCAUGUUGCCAGUUAUUUGUGGGAAGAGAAAACAGGCUUCUAGUUAGCUCUCUGCCACACCGCAGAUGCUUCAGCUGAUUUGAUGUAAUUUAUAGCUUCCUACCUGAGCAUCAUAUGCCUCUGUGCUGCCAACUGAAUCAAGUCACACUCUACCUGUGCUCCCACAUUUCCAAAGAGAGAUAGGGCUACCAAUGUCCGCUAGCCAUGGUGGCUCUGCCCUGCCUGCAUCCAUGGUUGAAGGCAACAAUACCUCUGAGUAUCAGCUACUGGAAACCACAGGAAUGGAGAGAGCCCUUGUGCUCAUGUCCUGCUUGCUGGUGUCCCUGAGGCAUCUGAUUGGCCACUGUGAGAACAGGGUGCUGGACUAGAAGGGUGGAUUGGCCAGAUCCAGCAGGCUCUGCUUAUGGUCUUAUAGUCCUAAAAGAGGUCUUCCUCCUUGUGCUUCUUGUCUUCAAGCCUUUUUGCCUGGAACAUACCUUUGAACUGUGGUCGUGGCUCUUGCUUGCCCACAAUGAGCAUGGAUAGAUGCAAGUUGAUCUCUGUUGGCAUUCUGGGCUCCAUUAUUCUUAUGAAGUGCAAGAAGAUUAAUGCUGCCACAACCAACCAAAGGGGAAAUGGGUUAGGGUCCCCAACAAUGUUCUAUCUUUAUGUAUUUUUAGAUGGUAUAAGCCACCAUCAUUGUUCAGAAAAAAACCUACAGCAGCUAACAUUCCAACCUAAACACAACUAGUAUAAUAAUAUACUGUAAGGGGGAAAUGAUGCAGGGAUUUGACAGCAUACAAAAGCAGCAAUACCUAGCAAUACUACUGCUGCUGUUACUCCUCACAGUGUAAUCUUUUCCAUGGCUACUUAGAUGUUAAUCUCAUUGAUUCAGGGAAGCUUCCUCCCAAUGUGUAUAGGACUGGACCCUGAGACUCAUGAAAUAAAAGUCAACACAUUCAUAUAUCAGGCAUACAGCAAACUAUAUUACUUACUGGAAACCCAAAUGCUGUUCUUGGCAGAGCACAGAGAAGAAAGAGCAAAACCCACCAUUUCAUAGUUAGUGGCCCUCACAACUCGCUCAGUCUCUGAGAUGAGAAUAAAGCCUCCACCAUCAAACUGGAAAUGAGAAUGGAGCAAAUGUAAGACCUACUUCUGGAAAGGACUGGAUCCCACUUCAGUUUGGGGGUCAACUGAUGUUAAAGAGGUGGCCCUCCCUCACCCAACCUCAAAAGGGACAACUCAUAAAAAGGACUUGCAUUAGAUUCUCAGCAUUCCUUCUAUUCAUAGAAAAUAGUGGAAAUAUUUGGAAAGCUAAAUUCCAGUUCAUUAAAAAAAUUCAUAUCAAUCAAAAGAUAUUACAUGCAUACAUGCACAUUCAUACAUACAUGGUACAUGAUCAAAAGGUAUUACAUACUUACAUGCAUAUACAUUCAUGCAUAUUACACACACACCAUAGCUGCCAAGUUAUCCCUUAUUUUAAGGGAUUUUCCCUUAUGCUGAAUAGGCUUCCUCGCGAGAAAAGGAAAAACUUGGCAGCUAUGCACACACACACAUGAAUACACACACACACACACACACACACACACACACACACACACACACACACACACACGUAAGAUUAGAAAGACUACAGCAGGAUCCAGAAUGCCUCAUAUUUUUCUCUCACUUGUUUGCUUGGUUCUCCUCUUGAAUUGGUUGCUUUAUGCUGAAUGAUGGCCUUCAAGGAGCCACCAUUGGACCCAAUGGCCCUGCAUGCAUGUCAUAGUACUCCAUGAACCAUAGCUUGUUGUCGAUGGGCACAUGCACCAGCCACUCUCCUCUCUACUUCAAUGCAAAUCGGAGCAUCACAUGAGUUUCAAAGAAGCCAUCAGCAUAGAUCAGGUGCAUUUCAACCAUGGGUCUCAAAAGGGGGGUGGGGGCAAUGUGGAAUACCAGCCAGUGAAGUGCAAAUAAUUGCAAAUGUUUUACUGACAGAUAGCAGGAAUGGACACAAUCUACACUUGAAAAAGACACCGCACAGUCAUAGAAAUGUGGAGUUGGAAGCAACUCCCAAGGGUCCUCUAGUCCAACCCACUGAAAUACAGGAAUGGCAACUUAAGAAUCCCUGAUAAACAGCCAAUCUCCUCUUUAAAACCUCCAAGAAAUGAGAGUCCGCCACUUUCUGAAGGAAUACAUUCCACUGUUGAAUGAUUCUUACUCUCAGAAAUGUUGUUGGAAUCUCCUUUUUUUGUAAUGAAUGCAGCAUUAAGCAAAUCCCCCCAUAAGUGUGCUUAAUAUAAUGUGCACUUUGGCCUUAAGACUUCAAAAAGUGUGGACCCCAAGCCACCUGGGUUUCUGCUAGGUACUGGCACCUCAGUUUCAUAACUGCAUUGCACUUAAGAGAAGCCUACUGGUGCGAAAAGGGUAUUUUUGUAUUAUUAAAUCAUAUAAUGUAUGCUGCAUUGUGCUUUCACACUACAGUUUAUUAAAGGUAAUUAUAUUUCUCCUUUACAAUUAAUUUCUGCUUCAUGUUUCUCAGGGGCAAUCUAGGCAUCGUUGUUAAUUGAAUAAACACAGAGAACAUGAAGGAUUCUUCUGUUUAGUAAAGAACUGCUAAGGGGAGGCAUAAGCCGCCUCAGGACCAUGAUGGAUUGGGAGGGAAGAUUCAGCUCUUCCUCCCCCUGCCAUAAAAGUAAAGGUAAAGGGACCCCUGACCAUUAGGUCCAGUCGUGACCGACUCUGGGGUUGCGGCACUCAUCUCGCUUUAUUGGCCGAGGGAGCCGGCAUACAGCUUCCAGGUCAUGUGGCCAGCAUGACAAAGCUGC